CCAGUCUAGAGCGCACGAGGUAGCAACAGACUACAGAGCCUAGCAUUCCACAGCGUACGAAUCUACCUAGCUAUACCGAUCUCAUGGCGUCCAGCUCGAGCGCGCCGAGGAUGCCCGCCGCGGUGUGCGCCGUGCUCAUCCUGCUGCUGCUGUCCGUCGCCGUCCCGUGCUGCGAGGCCGACCUCCUGCAGGUAAUAGUGUCUGGCGGCCGGAGAAUGCUGGCCGGUGGGAGCAAUGCCGCCGCCUUGUCGCGGCAGGUGGAGACGACUGCCGCCAGUAGCACGUGGCGGGCAGCAGCUGGGAGGGCGACGGCGGCCAUGCCGUACUCCGAGUCGAAGAGGUCCAGCCCCGGCGGCCCGGACCCUCAGCACCACUAAUAAUUAAGUAAACUCGCCUUGUAAAGUUGUCGGUUAAGGAUGACGUACGCCGUAAGUUGGAAUCUACAAGUCCCUCGACUUCUAGGGAAUGUUAAGUUACUCAAAAAUGAGUUUUGUAGUUCGUGCGUUUGCGGCAUGCAAAAACAAAUAAAGCGUAAUAUCAUGCCAUAUAUAUAUGGGUGACAUCAUACUGUUGACACCAGAUUUUGGCAU